UUCAGUAGCACACUGGACACAGUUGUGACGGUGAAGCGCGGUCUCUGGGUGAACGCGUCCUUUGACAGCACUGAAACAGUUAAUGGUAGUUAGCGACAGUUGCUCUGACAAAUCCUUGGAGGAGUAACAAGUGUUUAAUUAUUCGGAAGUUCGUCUCCAGGCGUGAAACUCAACUUUCUUCACACAUUUUAAGUCGUUGUGGAAGUCUUAUUUUUUUUUCUUUAACAAAAACAAACUUACUUUUUUUUUUUUUUUUCGUCUUUUAACGAACUUUGAAUUCCUGCCUUUUUGGGCAUGAACAUAAUUUAAGAUGUACUAAAGCGGAGCAAGCAAGAAGGAUACCAUCAGAAUGACAGAGCCGGCGGACCAGACCCAUCGCAUGGUAACUUCUGACAGUCCAUCAGGUGAGAGUAGCGGGGACGCUCUGGAGCAUCUCCCGGCCAAGAACCGCGGAGCACCGCAGAACGGCGACAGGGGGCGACAGAGAGCGGAGAAGCGUCAGCGGCGGGCGGAGAACUGCGAGGACAUCAACACAGACAAGUUAUGGCAAACGAAAGGCAGACGGAGGGAGGUGUGUCCCGCUUCGGCAGCCGGAAACGAACUCCCCGAGUAUCCGAACGCGAGUGAGCCCCAAGCAGCCGAUGCGGACGCUUCGCCCGACGGCGACCACAACCAACGCGGGAAGAAGGGCGAGCACGGCCCGCUGCGGGAGACUUUUAACCGGGCGGGAGUGGAGAACGCGUUCAUCGACUCCGACACGGGGCUAGAAGCGCGUCUGGGCAAAAAGAGGCACCGGCGCAGGACCUCCAAGAAGAAACGCCACUGGAAGCCGUACAACAAACUUUCGUGGGAGGAGAAGAAAGCCCUGGAGGAGCGGGAGACCGUCAGGGCUUCGCGGAUGAGGGAGGAGAUGUUCGCCAAGGGGCUCCCCGUCGCCCCCUACAACACCACCCAGUUCCUGAUGGACGAGCACGACCGAGAGGAGCCCGACCUGAACACCGAGACCGGGGUCCGGCGGCCCGCCGGGGUCGGCGUUCGCCUGGAGGACACCGGGAGCGAGGAGGACCUCUUCGACAACGAGGAGGAGGAAGACGACGACGGCAGCGGGGGUGGAGGCAGCGACGGCAUCGGGAGACCCGGGAACGCGGGCGGGGAGUAUCUCCAGCGGGACUUUUCCGAGACCUACGAGAUGUACCACGUCGAGAGUCUGCAGAACAUGACUAAACAGGAGCUGGUGCAGGAGUACCUGGAGCUGGAGAAGUGCAUGUCCCGGCUGGAGGAGGAGAACAACCGCCUGAGACGCGCCGCGGAGCCCGCUGCCGCCGCGGAGAACCCGCAGGUCCGCCUGCGGGAGCUGGAGCUGGAGCUGGAGAGGCUGAGAGCCGAGAACACGGAGCUGCUCCUGCAGAGUCAGCCCAGCAAGGAGCGUGGGCAGGUCGCCACGAAUUAAAAAAAAAACUAAACCAUUCAAAAAGGUAAAAACAACAAAAAAAUAAUAAUUAUGGGACUACUGUUCUGUUUUUUUUUUUUAUUUUUAAUGUCAUCAAUUUUCUGUAUUCAGUCUGGCUGGAUAAAGAAGUCGUUGCACUGCGAUGCAAUAACAUACUUGACGUUUCUUUUCUAUUUGGGCUGUAAACUGUCCUGUUCAUUUUUUUUUCUUCAGGAGUAAAUGUAAAUAUUUCAAAAUUAAUAUUCUCCUUUUAUAUAUAUAUCUAUUAAACAAAAACACGUUUAACGAUCCAGAUCUGUUUCAAGUUGAUAGGGAUAUUUACUUACAAACUGUUCCAUGCCUAAAGUUUAAAAAAAAAAAAAAAUUAAAAUAAAUGCAUAAAUGUCUAAUUUUCCUCUCCAGAAAUGAUAAAUGACAGCAAAUUAGGGCAGCUUGCCAGUACUUUACGUUUUUCUUUCUGCAAAAGCAAACUCUAUACUUACUAUUUUGACAGUCUGUGUGUUCUACUUGGUUCCAAUAAUAAAAUGUUUUGAUUUAAA